CACCUUCUUUGCCACACCCAACACACGCGAGCAAGCAAUCAGCAAGCAAGCACCAUGCCCUCCUCUGACGUCCUGACCUCUGCGGGUCUCCUGGUCCUCCUCGUUGUCGUGGUCUACGCCGCCGUCCUGAUCCAGCGCAAGCUCACGUCGGCCGAGGCGUCCGCCUCCAAGUCGCUCCAGGCCCACGGCGUGACCUACUCCGAGGGCAAGCUGAGCGUCAAGACGGACCGCGCGCCGCUCAGCCGCGAGCAGCAGAUCGCCGCGGGCAAGGACGCCAUCGCGGGCGUUGCGAAGCGCGUCGAGGAGCGCGGAGGGUACAGCGCUGGCGGGGCCGCGAGCGUCGUCGAGGGUGUUUCGAGCGGGUAUGAGAGCCCAGGCAAGGCCGGCUUCAGGCGCACCAAGAAACUCGACUAGGCGGGCGGCCGAUUUGGGAUCCCGGAUGCUGGAUGUACAUGUGCUCGCUCUACCUGCUGGCUGUCGUCUGCUGGCGUCGUCCGAUGGCCACCGCUCGGUCCGGCCUGUGGCCCGGCGGGUGUGCUGUGCUCGGGUCGGACGACUGACGCGGUGUCCCUGUGUCGGUUCGGCCUCUUGGGCACUUCUGU